AGUCGGGUUGUGUGAGUGACGUCACCGGUCUAUCACCAUGAAGCUCGAGGCUCGGUAAUUAGCAGAGAGAGAGAGAGAGAGAGAGAGAGAGAGACUGCGUCGCACAGUAAACACCCUGAGAUCUGUGAUAUUUUUCGUGACUAAAUCCGUUUAAUCAGAGAGUAUUUUUCACUCACAGAUGAAGAACUGUGGUCCAGAUUAAAACUCGGACUGGGUCCAGAGGCUUUCAGGCUCCGUUUGAACGGAAGUUUUCCAAGAAGCCGUGAAGUUGAGCACCAGUUACUACACAAUGGUUCUUUAACACGUCUGUGAUAAAAACACCUCUGAGUAGCUGUUAGUUCACCUGGAGUUACUGAAGAUCACUCGUUAUCACAAUCACAGUCCUGGCAAGAUGGCCAUGGUGCAGAACAACCGUCCUCACCCUGAGAAGGAUCAGGCUCUGCUCAGAGUCCCGGUGAAGAGGCUAAUGCGAGAGAGGCAGAUAGAAGCAGCGCCCAUAAAGAAGCGCGUCAUGGCGGCUCUUAAUUUGUCAUGCAAAAAGGCCUCAGAGUUGUCGUUAUCAUCGUCAAGGACUCCUGUUAUAAAGACCGAACACGUAGAGAAGGACUCUGAGUUUUUUAACUAUCAGCACGUCUCGAAGGGACAGGACGGACGAGAUGGCGCUCUGGACCUAAGCCCGGCUUUGAGACACACUCUGGCCCAGUUUACUCUGAGCAGCCAGUGUUCUUUAGGAGGCCCUGCUGCUUUUUCUGGUCAGUACAGCCAGGAGAAGGUGGCUCCGUCUCACAGCCAGGCCAACGUGGCAGUUGGGCCCUUACUGGUGCCUCCCGACAGCUCCACAGAGCUUGUGUUGUGCACGCUGGAGGGCGAAUCCAUUUCCUGCUUCUCAGUGGGUGGUGAACUGCGCCUCUGCUUGCCUCAGGUGCUCAACACGGUGCUGCGAGACUUCUCCCUGCAGCAGAUCAACUCUGUUUGCGAUCAGCUCUACGUCUACUGCUCACGCUGCAACGCUUCCCAGCUGCACGUCCUUAAGGUGCUGGGCGUCCUUCCUGCUGGCGCGCCGUCCUGCGGCCUCAUCACGCUCACUGACGCCCAGCGGCUCUGCAACACUUUGCUUCACCCAGGGGACAACGUCCCCGCCGGCCCGCAUAAGGACCACCGGCUCGCCGAAGAAGAGGAGCGAGAGGCCGAGGAAGCCGGAGGGUUCUGGGUGGAGCAUCAGUGUCUGGGCAAGUGCCAAGGCCUGUUCGUUCCUCGCCUCUACGCCACUCCGGGUGCUCAAUGCAUCAGAUGCUCGCAGUGCCGGCGCCUUUUUUGUCCCGAACGCUUCGUAAUGCACUCGCACCGGCAGCCAGACAAGCGGACGUGUCACUGGGGCUUCGACUCCGCCAAAUGGGCAUGUUACCUCCAACUGGGCCGACGGUACCAAGGCACGGCAGAUGAGGGGAAACUGGAGCAGGUCCUGGAGACCAUGAAACUGAAGUUCAGUGGGAUUCGUCUGGACACGAAGACGUCACAUUUGGAGACUGCCCGAGUGGAGGUGGGGUUAAAUCUGUGUUCUGGGAAAGAGAAAGUGUGUGAGAAUGGUUCAGAGGGAAAGGUGGCAGCGGGGGCAGCGUUCCCAGCAUAUGUGUUUGACCCGUGUGUCCUCACCAACCUGAAGGAGGAUCCCAGACACCUUGACUUCAUGUGGCAAAGCUGGUAUCUUUACAUGCACGAUAAGCUGACCGUCUCUGGCACGGCCCUGGACUCUGCACGAGCUGCUGAUAAAGAUGACGACACGCUGAGAUCAGAGACGCUUAAGCCUGUGAGAAAGGCGCCUGAGGAAACGGAGGAAGGUGAGCGUAAAGCAUCCGCAGGGGGCAAAAAAACAAGUCGCCUGGUGAGCCAAUCGCAGCGCAGCGAUCCAGACGAGCGGCCCAGGGUUUCCAUAGAAACGCCGGCAUGUGAGAAGGCUUCGGAGGAGAACAAGGACAGCAUGGUGGUGGAGGUGCUUCAGAUGUACAAUGCUCAGCAGGAAAAGCUGCAGUCCACGCUACGCAAGCAGCAGCAGCUUGAAAAGGAGCUGCAGGCUCUGCGCAAGGCUGAUGCAGACGAGCUGGGGGAGGUGCAGACGCAGCUGCAGACGGAGCAUGCUCAGAAGAAGGAGGUGGAGCAGGAGGAGCAGAAGAGGCUUCAGUGCAGUGUGGAGCAGCAGCAGCAGAGCUGUAGGUGCCGAGAACAGCAGGAGAACCGUUACGCUGCACAGUUGUUGGAGCUGCGCCAGAGGCUGGACCGUGCUGAGGAGGACCGCGAGGAGCUGCAGGAGGAGCUGAGGCGUGAGCGAGAGGCUCGGGAGAAGCUGGAGAGGAUCAUCUCAGAGCUCAGACAGCAGAUGAAGGAGUCGGUUCCUCCGUCUGCACUGGACAGCCCGCUCUCCAACUCGUCCGGCGAUGUUCUGAUGUCCCCUGCACCGUAACUCCGCUUUUCCUUCAUUUCAUAUAACCUUUAGUUUUUUCCCACGGACAAUGUUACGUUUUCAUCUGCGCACUUCAUUAUUUCAUCUGGACAAAUGAAAACAAAACCAAACAAACAAACAUAUAAAUAUAUAUAUAUAUCUCCUUUUUGUGAUAAAGAGCAUUACCUGCUUUUUUAUGUCACUUUUUUUUGAGUAUGCAAAUUUUCAUGCAUGUGUAUGAACCCUGAGUGUGUGUGUGUGUGUGUGUGUGUGUGUAUGUGUGUGUGUGUGUAUGUGUGUGUGAAUCUCACGGUUUAAUUCUCAGCGUUGAUUAUCCCGUGCGCUGACUACUGUUAGAAAAAAAAAGAUUUCAUUUUUUUAAAAAGUUGUAACGUGCUAAUGUUUAUUAAAAUAAAGUAUUUAUUACAUUG